AUGUGUCUGCACGCGGAAAUUCGAAUAUGCCCGGGACUGCCACGUGCGUACUACCACCCUUCCUUUGUCCCACGACAGCCAUCUAAACGCUGCCGUUUUCAGCGGCAUAUCAUGGAGGAAUGUUCCCGUUACGACAAGUAUCGUGACUCUGCUCCUCGUUCGGUCGACGCCACCGCUGCGCGUCGACGCGUAGUUCGCAAAGGUCAGCUGCACGAGACGUUCACCCGCGCGAAGGCUCAUCGUCAGUCUUGCACACCAGAACGGCAGGCCCAGAGCCAAACCGUGCUGUUCAUCGACCCCCAACAGCGCAGGACGCUUGAGUCGGUGCGACAAUGUCGCGCCCAUUCUCACGUUUCUCCGUCUGACGUGCCGUCAGCCGAGCGUAAGCUUCUGCUUGGUGCGAAGACUCUGAUGCGAAGCCGAGACGUGUCGGAGGACCGUGAAGACAUGGACAUAUCCUCGGACUCCGAAGACGUUUUCCCCCAGCCUGUCAGAUGCACUACCCCUGCCAAAGCGUCGACGCGCGACGUGACGCCCGCCCUGUCCUUCGUGAGCAGCGACGCAGAGACAGAGAGCACCGCCCUCGACGAUUACGGCGAUUGGCAACAGCCCAGCCCAGAUGAGAACCAAUCACUCUUCUACGGAUCACAAGACUCCUCGCUGGAUUUGCAAAAGACGCCACUGUUUUCUCCGUCGCCGAUGUUCGAAGCGAUGGAAAAAACCACCACUCUCGCUUUCGAACUGCAGUACCCGGAGGAAGACGUGUGUCCCGUCCGCCGUUUCCUCGAUAGCCUGUGUCGGCCUGUCGGCCACCGGUACGCGACUUUCUAUGCGCUCGGGAUCCGCUCGCGUGAAGACAUCCGCGCGCUUUCGACUAUGCCACAUGAGUGGGACACCGUACAAGCAGAGCUGCUGAAGAAGGACGUCACAUUGAUGGAGUGGUUGUACGUCAAGGCCGGCCUUGAGAAGAUAUGCCGGGAAGAGCUGGGUGCCCUCCAGCCCAAACUUGAAUGCGAGGGCUAA